UAUAUUAAAUCAUUAUCGUCAUGAACAUGUUUAUUAGCUCCACAGGCUCAUUUGCUUCUUCAGAGAUCCCUCAACAAAAACCUGUGGAUCCAAAGAGACAGAAACAAUUGAGAGCUUAUUUAUAAAGAAGAUAAAUAAGAAGUGGAAAGAAGACAAGAAGAAAUAUAAUGUGACUGAUAGCCUUGCUUCUUCAUCUGUGAGGAACAAUGACUGCAGAAACAAAGCAGGUCAGAUGAAUAUGUCUAAAAAUUCUAUGAGUAUUCAAUCUUUUGAAAACCAUGAUUCUGAAUCAGAGAAUGAGACCAUCGAUCAGACUUUAAUCAAGCCCAAAGAAUUUGCACUUAGUGAUCUUGAACGAGGCUCACAAGACUCUGUUCAAGACCCUUGUCACGACUCUGCUCAAGACCCUUCACUAGAAAAUUCAAGGAUUUUUAGGAGAGCCAAUUCUUUCCCUAAAACCUCAAGGAAAGACCUUCCCGGAACCUUGCUCCUAACCUCCAUAGCUCCCUUCUCUGACUGAAGCAUAGUGGAGAAAGACGAUGUUCCUAAAAGUAAGUCUCUGAUAAACAAGAGCUAUGAUUGUCCAAAGGGUGAGAAUAGAUACCAAUAUGUUCCAUCUAAAUCAAAGAAAUCGCCCAAUAAUUUACACAAAAAGCAUAGAAAGCAGCCGAAAUUGAGUUUUGAUGUCACAGAGGCACCUAGAGACAGCCUCUUUCAAGAACACCCCAAGAGCUCAUUUAAGAAUAGCGAUCUUAUUAAGGAGAGAAAUGCCUCACACACUGCUGGAUGCUCAGAAACAUGAUGUGUCAUCUUUUAA